UGUCAGCCAUUUAACAUGUACAUACAUACAUAGUUACAAGUUGUAUACAAUUAGGAUUGUCGUAAAAGCGGCAAAAAUCAUCGAUACACGAACAAAAGAAUAUCUUAAUACUUUUCAUUUCAUGACUUAAACUAUGCUUGGAAGAAUAUGCUUUAUUAUCGCAUACACAGAUGGUUACCGAAAAAUGCACAAGUUUCAUUUCUCGAAGAAAACGAGUUGACAGCGGAGUCGAGGAGAGAAAAUAGAAUGUCACGACGUCCAGAACAUUUGGCUCCUCCCGAUGUGUUCUACAAUGAAUCCGAAGCUCGCAAGUACACACAAAGUUCUCGAAUGAUAGAAAUUCAAGAGCAAAUGUGCAAACGUGCUAUAGAGCUACUUUUAUUGCCGGAAAACAUAAGUUUCUUACUUCUUGAUAUUGGAUGCGGUUCAGGUAUAAGCGGUAGUGUUAUCGAGGAACAUGGACAUACAUGGGUCGGAAUUGACAUAUCCACAGCAAUGUUAGGCGUAGCAUUGGAAAGAGAAGUGGAGGGUGAUUUAAUUAUAGGAGAUAUGGGACAGGGAAUGCCAUUUAAACCAGGAUGUUUCGACGGAGCGAUCAGUAUCUCUGCUUUACAAUGGUUAUGCAAUGCUGAUAAAAAAUCGCAUCGACCAUCGAAGCGUAUAUUUCAAUUUUUUUCCACGUUGUACUCGUGCCUUUCGAGGUCUGCCAGAGCUGUAUUUCAAUUUUACCCUGAAAACAACGAACAAAUCGAAUUAGUUACCACGCAAGCUACAAAAGCAGGUUUCUAUGGCGGUGUGGUCGUCGACUUUCCCAACAGCACCAAAGCAAAAAAAUUCUUUCUAGUUUUAAUGACCGGUGGACCCGUCGCGCUUCCACAAGCUUUAGGUGUAAAUGAUGCCGAUACCGUUAUAUCUUAUGCAGCCAGAAGAGAACAGAUCAAGAAAGCCAGAGGUAAACCAUUAAAAAAGAGCAGAGAUUGGAUCGCCGAGAAAAAGGAAAGGCGACGAAGACAGGGAAGGAACGUUCCGGAAGAUUCAAAGUACACCGGAAGGAGAAGAUGCGGUCGAUUUUGAUGUUUUACCUACCACAUAUUUCUUCUACGAUGCACUUUAUCGCAUUUGUAUUUUCGAAGCUGUUCAGAUGUGUACAUACAUAUUAUGUAUUUGUUUUUAUGAAUAAUCUUGUACAACGAAAACAUGGAUAAAUUUGCAAUAGCUAUUUGAAACUUCUGUUCCAGAAAUUUGAAGAUUCAAGCAAACGCGUAUCCGUGCGAACACAGAAAAUUCUGCUAACUAAUUUGUCUCGGUCGAAGAAAUAUAUAGAGGCUGAAAAAUUUCAUACUUUUUAUUUAUGUAGCUACAUGUACCGGUACAAUAAAAUUGAAUCUUUUGUAGUAUUUGAGCCGACCUUAACAAAUUAUUCUGGCAGCAAAAAUUGAGACAAGCUUCUAUAAAGUCUAGGAUGGACAAUUUUUUCUAGUUCUUCCCUAUCUAACCAACAGUGUUGUAAUUUGGAAGAAAUAUCUCCGUUUAUAUAUUUUGCUAGGAAGUAGAAUAUUUUUGCUCCAUCCUUUCCCUCGAGUUGUUUCGGAUAUUUGUACGUAUAAAAGCCAAUCGGUGCGUUACCAUAAAAUUGUACUCCUAUAUUAUUACCACAAAAUUCUUCCACGGUUCUUCGCGCGGUCUAAGAAAAAAGAAAAUAAAUGAUUAGAAGAUCGAUGUAUGAAUUUGUUACAAAAAUGCUAUGAAAGUAAACUAUAUAUAACAAG